AUCUCGAUACUUUCCCUUGACAAGGCAGCUGGACUAAAAACGAAUAACAGACGAGACAUCGACGGCAGAUGAUGGGACUAAUGGAUAUCUCCCAAACCACCUCGGUGCUGGUGGUGUUCAUCAUCACGUUCUUCGUGGUGUGGUUAUGGAGAAGAAGAGAGAAGCCUAAAUAUAACAUGCCACGCAAGCAAUUCUGGAUCCCCUUCAGUGAACUCCUGGGUAGUUUCGCAGACACGGACAGUUUGCUAAAGAAAAUAGGUGGCAACCAACCUAUCACAAGGUUCCAAAACGGAUUCACUGGGCCUGAAAACUUUCUUCUGACCACCUACAAGGGUAUCCAUGAAGCUUUCAUCAAGAAUGGGCAUUUAUUAACCGGCAGGCCUACCAAAUUCUUUUGGACGGAAUGGAACACGCAUCAUGACACAGGUGUUGUACAUGGUAUCUUCAACUCUUGGGGAGAUCUGUGGAAACAACAGCGUAGAUUUGCCCUGAUGACUUUACGCGACUUUGGACUGGGGAAGACCUCCAUCUCGGAAAUGAUCCAGGAAGAGAUAGGAUAUCUUGUCGAUGAGUUCCAGAAAUUUGAAGGCAAAGCUGUGGAUCCUCGGAACCUUUUGAUGCCUGCCAUAUCCAAUGUUACCAAUUCCCUAGUGUUUGGGGAAAGAUUUCAAUAUGAUGAUCCAAAGUUCCAGCAGAUCAUGAAGAAUAUGAUGGACCAAUUCAAAUAUUUCUUACUGGCACAAAAUGCAGUUGUGUAUCCAUUUUUAAGAUACAUCCCUGGAGAUCCUUUUAAACUUCACUACACUUUUAAACACAUGGGGAUUUCACGGAAGUUUCUCCAAGAAAGAAUCCAGAAACAUAUGGCAGAAUAUGACCCGGACAACAUACAGUGCUUCACGGAUGCCUACAUCAAGGCUUUGAAGGCUGAGAAAGACAAAGAGGGAACGUAUUUCACUGAAUUCCAACUGUUGACAACGGUGGAAGAAUUAUUUUUUGCGGGCAUGGACACUACGGUAGCCACUCUCAGAUGGGCACUGCUUUUAUUGAUUCUGUAUCCGGACUUGCAGAAAAAGGUUCACGAUGAACUUGACAGUGUGAUAGGUGCCCGCCGUGUCUCCAUGGAGGACCGUGCCUCCUUGCCCUAUACGGAAGCCACACUGCUGGAGAUACAGCGCCUUGGGUGUGUCAUUCCCAUGGCGGGACACAGUAAUACGGAGGACGUUGAGAUGAUGGGCUAUACCAUCCCCGCGAAUUCAAACAUAACGGCAAAUUUUCUUUCUGUCUUUUACGAUGAGUCAUUUUGGAACAACCCAAACAAGUUUGAUCCAACAAGGUUUCUGGACGAGAGUGGAAAGUUGGGGAAAAUUCCAGAUUGUCUGACACCAUUCUCUCUUGGCGGUCGUGUGUGUCUCGGAGAGUCCCUUGCAAAGAUGGAACUGUUCCUGUUCUUCACCAACUUGCUUCAGCAGUUCUCGUUUAAAAUACCCGCCGGGGAAGAGAAACCGGGCCUCAAGGCUCGUAUUGGUCUCUUGCGAUAUCCACUUCCUUUUAAGGUUGAAGUGCACAGAAGGCACUAAACUUCCACGUCUUCUUUAAUGAAUGAAACAAUGCAUGACAUCGAUGUUAUUCAAAAGACAGAUCCAGAAACUAAAUGUUUAUGUUUAUAGUGAAACAAAGUUUUGACUGACAUUUAUGAUCAUUAGUAAUCGAUAUUUCCAUUUUUGUCAUUUGUCGAGUAUAUUUAAGCUUCGUCUUCACUUUUAAGUAUAUAGACUAUAUAGCAUUUAUUUAUUUUAACGUGACAUGUGAAUAAAUAUAAAUAUGUAUGUCUCUCGGCCAAAUGGGCCUACAAGUCACCUAACUUUGCACAUUUUACACAAACGUAAAAUUAAUGUUAUAAGUUAAAACAACAGCAAACCCGGUUAGAUAUAUGGCAUAACAGUAAAUCUCAGUAGUAAUUGAUGAUACAUUUUCUUCAAAUUUGUAUGUCUUCAACAGGGUGGUUCAAUAUAGAAUAGGUCUCCAAGUGUGUCAAUGACUUUUCACUGAUUACAAAAGCUAACUAUUGUUCGAGAAUUAUAAUGAGAAUACAGAAUACCUUUAUAAAUCUUACCUCUUCUUUUUGUAGCUUUUCGCCCUAGCUACCGGCACAUUGCAUCGUAAAGUUGUUGUUGCGUUUUUUUUAAUAGUUCAUUUUCACAUUGAUUCUCAUAAACUUAUUCCAAUAUUAGGUUUACUUCAUUUUCUUACUGAAAUUCUUUAUUUUUCAAUAAAGUCUCUCGGUAAUCUGCAAGGUUACUGGGUACAGGACAUAUCUAAAAAGACGUUUGU